AUCCAUCCUCGAAACCCCAAUCGUCCAAAUCAAAUCGCCCCUUUCCCAAAUCUGUUCCCUGUAUAAAUUGAUUCAACAAUCCUCCUCCCGGAGAGAAUUGAUCGGAGGAAAUAAUGGUUAUGGCGGCGGCGGCGGGGACGGGAUGCAGGAAGCACGGGAAUCGGAAACAAGUGCCGGGAGUGUGCUCCAGCUGUCUGAGAGAACGGCUCGCCGAGAUUCCCGGCGCGGAAUUCGCGGAUCCACAUAGCGGCGGCGACGACGAAAGCUCCUGCUCCUCCGGUUCCUCAUCCGGUUGGAUUUCGCCGCGCGGCCAUCGGCGGAUCCCCUGUGACGGUCGCUCGUCCUUCGCCUUCAGCGCGACCGCCGGAGACGGCGGCAGAGGCCGCGCGGUUUUGAAGAAGAGCAAUUCGAUCGCGUUCGUUGCCGGCGGCUGCGGCGGCGGGGGGAGGAAGAAGGAGAAAGAAGGGUUCUGGUCGAAGCUCAUCCGUUCGACGGGGAAAAAGACAAGGAGGGUAUUCUUGCUUUAGUUCAAUUGUUCAGAUGCAGGGGGGUAUAGUAGUCAUUUUCUUCUGACGAACAGAGAAAUGGAUUUGUAUGAUGACCACCAAGUGUGUUUAUUCUUCCUCAUUGGGAACAAAGUUAGUUUGCAAUCUAUCUCUUGCCCUAAUCUAUCCCAUAUGUCUAUAUACUCUUAUUAAAAAUGUAUUAACGUGUUUCAUAAAAUAAUUCUUAUUUUUACUUUUUAAGAGUAAUAAGAAAUAUAUUUGUGAUUG